AUGAUGAGAGGAAAUGAGACCAGAGUUUCUGAAUUUCUCCUCGAGGGGCUCCCUAUUCCACCAGAACGUCAGGGUUUGUGCUUCAUCCUCUUCCUGCUCAUGUACCUGACCACAGUGUUGGGGAACCUGCUCAUCAUCCUGCUCAUCCGGAUGGACUCUCGUCUCCACACCCCCAUGUACUUCUUCCUUAGUGUCUUGGCUUUCGAUGAUGUGACUUACUCAUCUGUCACUGUCCCCAAGAUGUUGAUGGACAUGAAGACGAGUCACAAAUCUGUUCCCUAUGCAGGGUGCAUUUCUCAGGUUUUUUUUUUAAUAUUCUUUGCUAGUACUGAAAACUUUCUUCUUACAGUGAUGGCAUAUGACAGGUAUGUGGCCAUCUGUCAGCCGCUCCACUACACCACCAUCAUGAGGCAGGAGCGAUGCAUUGUUCUAGUAGCAACAUCCUGGAUCAUCAGUGGCUUCCACUCUUUGUUGCACGCCCUCCUUUUGGCCAGAGUUUCCUUCUGUGCUGACAUUACCAUCCCCCACUUCUUCUGUGAACUCACUGCAGUCCUGGAGAUCAGCUGUUCAGACAUUUCACUCAAUGACCUGGUCAUUUUCAUUGAGGGAGGAAUUUCUGUUUAUCUGCCAUUCAUCUGUAUCUUGGGCACUUAUAUUCGCAUAUGGGCCACCGUCCUGAAUAAUCCCUCUGCUAAGAAAUUCUUCAAAGUCCUUUCUACCUCAAGAUUCUCUGUUUCUUUCAUCCCCAGGAAAAACAAAAGCAGCCUAAUGAGAGGGAAUGAGACCAGAGUUUCUGAAUUUCUCCUCCAGGGGCUCCCUAUUCCUCCAGAACGUCAGGAUUUCUGCUUCAUCCUUUUCCUGCUCAUGUACCUGACCACAGUGUUGGGGAACCUGCUCAUCAUCCUGCUCAUCCGGAUCGACAUUCGCCUCCACACCCCCAUGUACUUCUUCCUCAGUAUCUUGGCCUUCAAUGAUGUGACUUUCUCAUCUGUCACUGUCCCCAAAAUGUUGAUGGACAUGAGGACGAAUCACAAAUCUAUCCCCUAUGCAGGGUGCAUUUCUCAGGUUUUUUUUUUAAUAUUCUUUGCUUGUACUGAAAACUUCCUUCUAACAGUGAUGGCGUAUGACAGGUAUGUGGCCAUCUGUCAGCCGCUCCACUACACCACCAUCAUGAGGCAGGAACGAUGCAUUGCUCUAGCAGCAACAUCCUGGAUCCUCAGUUGCUUCCACUCUUUGUUGCACACCCUCCUUUUGGUAAAAGUUUCCUUCUGUGAUGAAAUUAUCAUUUCCCACUUCUUCUGUGAACUCACUCUUGUCCUGGAGAUUAGCUGUUCAGACAUUUCACUCAAUAACCUGUUCAUUUUCAUUGAGGGAGGAAUUUCUUUUUAUCUGCCAUUCAUCUGUAUCUUGGGCACUUAUAUUCACAUAUGGGCCACUGUCCUGAAGAAUCCCUCUGCUAAGAAAUUCUUCAAGGUCCUUUCUACCUGUGGUUCCCAUCUCCUUGUUGUGUCUUUAUUCUAUGGAACCAUUCUUAAAGUUUAUUUUUUAUCCUCCUCCUCUUCCUCAAAAAAUAAAGAUAUAAUUGCUUCUGUGAUGUACAUGAUAGUCACCCCCAUGCUGAACCCUUUUAUCUACAGCUUGAGAAACAGAGAUAUAAAACAAGCCCUAAAUUUGCUCGCUAACAGAGUCAAGUUCUGUAGAUUCCCUGUUUCUUUCAUCCCCAGCAAAAACAAAAGCAGCAUGAUGAGAGGGAAUGAGACCAGAGUUUCUGAAUUUCUCCUCCAGGGGCUCCCUAUUCCACCAGAACGUCAGGAUUUCUGCUUCAUCCUUUUCCUGCUCAUGUAUCUGACCACAGUGUUGGGGAACCUGCUCAUCAUCCUGCUCAUCCGGAUCGACAUUCGCCUCCACACCCCCAUGUACUUCUUCCUCAGUGUCUUGGCCUUCAAUGAUGUGACUUUCUCAUCUGUCACUGUCCCCAAAAUGUUGAUGGACAUGAGGACGAAUCACAAAUCUGUUUCCUAUGCAGGGUGCAUUUCUCAGGUUUUUUUUUUAAUAUUCUUUGCUUGUACUGAAAACUUCCUUCUAACAGUGAUGGCGUAUGACAGGUAUGUGGCCAUCUGUCAGCCGCUCCACUACACCACCAUCAUGAGGCAGGAGCGAUGCAUUGUUCUAGCAGCAACAUCCUGGAUCCUCAGUUGCUUCCACUCUUUGUUGCACACCCUCCUUUUGGCCAGAGUUUCUUUCUGUGAUGACAUUACCAUCCCACACUUCUUCUGUGAACUCACUCCAGUCCUGGAGAUCAGCUGUUCAGACAUUACACUCAAUGACCUUGUCAUUUUCAUUGAGGGAGGAAUUUCUUUUUAUCUGACAUUCAUCAGUAUCUUGGGCACUUAUAUCCGAAUAUGGGCCACUGUCCUGAAGAAUCCCUCUGCUAAGAAAUUCUUCAAAGUCCUUUCUACCUGUGGUUCCCAUCUCCUUGUUGUGUCUUUAUUCUAUGGAACCAUUCUUAAAGUUUAUUUUUUAUCCUCUUCCUCUUCCUCAAAAAAUAAAGGUAUAAUUGCUUCUGUGAUGUACAUGAUAGUCACCCCCAUGCUGAACCCUUUUAUCUACAGCUUGAGAAACAGAGAUAUAAAACAAGCCCUUAGUUUGCUUGCUAACAGAAUCAAGUUCUGUAGUCAAAAAACAUAA